AACUGGGGGAUCAAAUCCAGCAAUUUUUUCCCGUUUUUUUCCAACGGGUUGUCCCCAUGGUCCCGUGACUUCCUAGCCAUGGAUGAAUCGCCAGCCGAGGCAAAAGAGAUUUUCGAGAAGCUCCAAGGAGUGGGGCCGCAGCGACGCUUCCAGAAGCCGUUCUUGUGGAAUUUGGUGCUGAAAGCUUGUGUCACUGCAAAGGACUGGCCAAGUGCAGAGGCCUGGUUCACGCACAUCCCCAGGGCACUCCGCAGCAGCAAGGGCUACAGCAAGCUACUGACGGCUGCCGCGCAGGAUGUCAACAGCGGAGGGCCCUUGGUGGCAGAGUCCGUGCUGCGGCGCGCGGAGCGCGCCUCAGUGGCACUGGAGAUUUGCGGCUACGGCGCGCUUCUGGAUGGAUGCGCGGCCAAAGGAGAUGCAGAUCGUGCCGUGGCAUGGCUGCAUCGGCUGCAACGCGAUGAGCUCUGCGAUUGGCGUGCCUUACAGGCGGUGCUCCGCAGCCAAGCGACCCAGGGUCAGGUGCAGGAAGCGGAACAUUUGCUGAACACGGCAGCAGAGACAACUGGAGGCACGCUGCGCCUGCAACGCCUGCAACGCCUGCAGCUCAUGGCAAGACGCUCGCCCUUAGCUGUGCUGGAGGAAUUGGAAAAGGCGCCCGUGGCUGACCCACAUCUGUACACCUCGCUGCUGCGCGCCUUUGCGGACAACAGCGACACCCAACACGUGAGGCGCCUGUUGCACCAUGAAGCGGCGACAGCGUGGCAGUCCUCCGCGGCCUUCACCACAGCCAUCGCCGCAGUGGCAAAGCGCAAAGACUUCCGAAGCGCUGUGUUGUUGCUUGCCGAGAUGUUGGAUGCAGGCUUCCAGCCCAGCGUGGCCACUUGGACUGCCCUGCUCUCUGCGCGCCGUGACGGUGCCAAGGCGUUCUUGGAGGAGCUGCGCGAGUGUGAGAUCCAGCCGGCGGAGGAUCCCUUGACCUGGGGGGUGACCUACGGUGCCGUGCUGGCAUCUGUGGCGUCACAGCCCGAGGCCUCGGAACUGCUCUCCUCCAUGCGACGUGACGAUGUCACGCCCACUGCAGUGGCCUACACGGUGCGGCGGCGGCAAGGGCAAGUGGAAGAAGCGGAGAAACUCCUAGGUUCGACCAGCACUUGGAGCAUUUCCAGCACCGUCCAAUGGAGACUUGGCGAGUUUGUGGCGCAGCAGCGCUGGGUCGAAGUGGUCGAUUCCGCCGAAGAAAGCUUGGAGAACGACAAUGCCGACAGAACGGGCAGCGACGACGACUUGAUGGUGAACCCGGAAACGCCAUCGCCGCCGCCGCGCCUGUCUCGGGGCUUGAAAGACGUGGCGUUGCUGCGAGGAACCAGCCUGGCUCACAUCCUACGUGGGGCCGCGAGGGAGCUGCGCAACUUAACCCCUGCCAUGUUGAUUUCAAGUGCUAUCGCCCUCACGUGCACUGUGCUCUGCCGUGCGCGGGUGUUGCCGGUGGUGGUUCUACCUGAGUUGGGCUUUGCUUUUUUCCCUUGGGCCUUGCUUUUCGGCUACAGCUCGUUCUUUCUGGUUCUGGCUACGUGGCAACACGUGGCACCCUGCGUUUCACGGCGACGGCCCAGCUAUUUCUUGGACAAGUUUUGUGUUCACCAGACAGAUCUGGAAUUGAAGCACGCGGGGGUCUCUUCAUUCGCCGCUUUUGUGUCCAUGUCGGAUUGCGUCCUGUUGCUGUGGAGUCCCACGUAUUUCAAGAGGCUCUGGUGCAUGCUGGUUAGCCCCAGCCCUGCAGUUGAAAGCCCACAUUGUUGGCUCCACGUGCUGUAG